AUGAAUCAAGAACUGUGGCGGGAGGCAGGCGGCCCGACAGCUACAGAUGACUGGGGACCGUACGUCUUCCAGAACAAACCCGCCGACCACAUGAUGAAACUCGAGCCCCAGGAGUACGGCGACGGGCCGUUCGGACCCGGCCCCGGCGACUAUGACCCGACGUUCUACGGGAUGUACGGUGGCCCGGGCCAACCUCAAAUGGCACCUACCACCGCCCAGCCACCCCUCAUCCACCACCAACUCGACGAGAAUCUCAAGCGCGACAAGGAGGCUAUUUAUGCUCAUCCCCUCUACCCCCUCCUUUGCUGCCUAUUCGAAAAAUGCGAACUGGCCACCUCAACCCCACGCGAAGGCGGCUCGGCCGAGGUCGUCUCUUCCGCCUCGUUCCGCGAUGACGUCGCUGAGUUUGCCCGGAAUGCCAUGAACCAAUCCGAUCGCUACUACGUCCCCAACCGAGAACUCGACACUUUGAUGCUGCAAUCAAUCGAAAUGCUCCGGUUCCACCUGCUCGAGCUGGAAAAGGUCCACGAACUCUGCGACAAUUUCUGCAACCGCUACGUCAACUGCCUAAAAGGCAAGAUGCCGAUGGACAUCAUCGGCGACGAGCGCGCCUCGUCCAGCCAGGCCGGAAACUCGCCGAACCCGCUUCAACCCGGCAGCCCUGUUCAUGCGCGACCGAUGAGCCACAACUACGCUCCCCAACCCCAGUUCGAACCUCAAACGGUGCCGUUGCCCGAGAAUACAACGAAUAUGCCGCAUCCGAUGGACGCAGCUGCCCUGUACGGCUUGCCGUCGGGCUCGACCACACAACCCGGCAGCGAUCACCCUUUAGCCAUGGGCGGGGCGGUUCCCUCGACGGCUGGACCACCCCACACGCUGCUCACACCAGCCGUCAGUAGCCCGUCGGCCAGCUCUUCCGCUGGUCAACGGCACGACACCCCACUCUCCUCCGACACCCCGCAUAACGGGAUGGGCAACGGCGGCAGCAUGGACUCCCAAUCCGACCACGUUUGUAUGGUGGACGCUAGCGGAGGGUCGGGCGGCCCGGGCCCACAGUAUGCCGUCCCCUGUAUGAUGGCGUAUCCAACAAGCCCGUUCGACGACUACGGACACCCCAUGCAUCAGACGCAUCAUCAGAUGGCCAUGCUGGGCCCCGAAUACCCGCCCCAAGACCCGCCGCACCAUCAGAAACCCCAGAAUCAGAACUCUACGCAAACGAGGAAGGCUCCGGCAAAGAAGCCGCGCGGGAUAUUCCCGAAACCGGCUACACUUAUUAUGAGGACAUGGCUGUUUCAGCAUCUUACGCACCCCUAUCCGUCUGAGGAGCAGAAGAAGCAACUCGCCAAUGAGACCCAGCUCACGAUUUUGCAGGUCAACAAUUGGUUCAUCAACGCCCGCCGGCGAAUCGUGCAGCCGAUGAUCGACCAGAAUCACCGGGCUGGCAAGCAGCUGCCCAAUGUUUUCAAGAAUCGGCGAAGGCGCGGAAGCGGAAGUGGAUGCGGUGCUAGCCCUGGGCCCUCGCCUGACCAAACCAACGGAUACUCACCGGACCCAUCUGUGCUCCCGAUGGCGUACCCGGGCGCUGAUCUCUAUUCAAUGCAGCGGACAACAUUCUCUGGAGCUCCGAUGUUCCCUUAUAGCAACCCAAUGGGCUUCAUGCCAAUGACGGCCUUCCCCCCAGCCCCAUGGGUCGACCCUGUUGCCCUCAGCGGGCUUGGCGGUGUUGAUAUGAAAGAUGCGGGCGCAUGGAUGGGCGGCCAAGAUCUAUCUGCCGUCAAAGAACAACACCAACAUCAU